GGUCACACUCUCAAUCCUCCCUCCUCGUCCUCUGCAAGACCCUCUCCGUGGCUCUGGUCCGGCCGGGUGCCUCCAGGACUAAAGGUACAGCCCCAUUCCCAUGGCCUCACUGAGCCGAGCCCUGCGCGUGGCUGCCGGCCAUCCCCGGAGCCCUUCCCGCUGCCUGGGACUGCGUCCACUGAGCAAUGUGGCCGGCGCUGGGGCCGAGAAGAACGUCCCCUACCAGCGGACCCUGAAGGGUGAGGAUGAGGCAACUCAUGGCCCCAGCAGGCCCCUGCCCAGCACAGCCGAUGUAGUGGUCAUCGGCGGGGGCAGCCUGGGCUGCCAGACCCUCUACCACUUGGCCAAGCUGGGCGUGAGUGGGGCAGUGCUGCUGGAGCGGGACCGGCUCACCUCUGGGACCACCUGGCACACAGCAGGCCUCCUGUGGCAGCUUCGGCCAAGUGACGUGGAAGUGGAGCUCCUGGCACAUACACGUCGAGUGGUGAGCCACGAGCUGGAGCAGGAGACGGGCCUGCACACGGGCUGGAUCCAGAACGGGGGCCUCUUCAUCGCCUCCAACAAGCAGCGCCUGGACGAGUAUAAGCGGCUUAUGUCGCUGGGCAAGGCCUAUGGCAUAGAGUCGCAUGUGUUGAGCCCUUCGGAGACCAAGUCCCUGUACCCGCUGAUGAACGUGGACGAUCUCUACGGAACUCUGUAUGUGCCACAGGACGGGACCAUGGACCCAGCGGGCACUUGCACAACCCUCACCCGGGCUGCCACCGCCCGCGGGGCCCAGGUCAUUGAGAACUGUCCAGUGACGGGCAUUCAGGUACGCACAGACGACUUUGGGGUUCGGCGAGUGGCCGCUGUGGAGACAGAGCAUGGGACCAUCCAGACACCAUGUGUGAUUAAUUGUGCAGGAGUGUGGGCCAGUGCUGUGGGUCGGAUGGCUGGGGUGAAGGUGCCCUUGAUCGCAAUGCACCAUGCCUACGUGGUCACGGAGCGCAUCGAGGGUAUCCAGAACAUGCCCAACGUCCGCGACCAUGAUGCCUCAGUUUACCUGCGCCUGCAGGGAGAUGCCCUGUCCGUGGGGGGCUAUGAGAACAACCCCAUCUUCUGGGAGGAGGUGUCGGACAAAUUUUCCUUUGGCCUUUUCGACCUGGACUGGGACGUGUUCAUGCAGCACAUCGAGGGGGCCAUCAACCGGGUGCCUGUGCUGGAGACAACGGGCAUCAAGUCCACUGUCUGUGGCCCAGAGUCCUUCACCCCUGACCACAAGCCCCUGAUGGGGGAGGCCCCUGAGCUCCGUGGCUUCUUCCUGGGCUGUGGCUUCAACAGUGCUGGCAUGAUGCUGGGCGGUGGCUGCGGGCAGGAGCUGGCCCACUGGGUGGUGCAUGGGCGUCCCGAGAAGGACAUGUACGGCUACGACAUCAGGCGCUUCCACCACUCGCUCACAGACCACCCACGCUGGAUCCGAGAGCGCAGCCACGAGUCCUAUGCCAAGAACUAUUCAGUGGUCUUCCCACAUGACGAGCCACUGGCCGGGCGUAACAUGCGGAAGGACCCACUGCACCAGGAGCUUCUGGCUCGAGGCUGCGUGUUCCAGGAGCGGCACGGCUGGGAACGACCCGGAUGGUUUAAUCCCCAAGGCCCGGCUCCUGUCCAGGACUAUGACUACUAUGGUGCCUAUGGGCAGACACUCCGCAAGGACUCCGUGUACCAACAACUGCUGGGGGCCGAGUACACCUUCGACUUCCCACCCCACCACCACGUGAUUAAGCAGGAGUGCCUGGCAUGCCGAGGGGCAGCGGCCGUGUUCGACAUGUCAUACUUCGGGAAAUUCUACCUGCUGGGCCCUGAUGCCACCAAGGCCGCAGACUGGCUCUUCUCUGCACACGUCAGCCGCCCCCCAGGCUCCACAGUAUACACCUGCAUGCUGAACCACCGUGGGGGCACGGAAAGUGACCUCACUGUUAGCCGCCUGGCACCCGGCUCCCAGGACUCGUCGUUAACUCCUGCCUUUGAAGGUGACGGCUAUUACCUGGCAGUGGGUGGGGCGGUCGCCCAGCAUAACUGGUGCCACAUCCAAACGGUGCUGCAGGACCAAAAGCUGCGGUGCCAACUCUUGGACUGCUCCGAGGACCUGGCUAUGCUCAGCGUUCAGGGUCCUGCCAGCCGGGCUAUUCUCCAGGACGUGCUGGACGCAGACCUGAGUAAUGAGGCCUUUCCCUUCUCUACCCACCAGCUGGUCCAGGCUGCCGGACACCCGGUGCGAGCCAUGAGACUGUCUUUCGUGGGAGAGCUGGGCUGGGAGCUUCACAUUCCCAAGGCAUCUUCUGUGGCUGUGUACCGGGCCCUGAUGGCCGCAGGCGCCCGCCAUGGGCUCGUGGAUGCUGGCUACCGGGCUAUCGACUCCCUGAGUAUUGAGAAGGGCUACCGCCAUUGGCAUGCUGACCUGCGCUCAGAUGACAGCCCCCUGGAGGCCGGCCUUGCCUUCACCUGCAAGCUCAAAGCCAACACCCCCUUCCUGGGCCGCCAGGCACUGGAGCAGCAGCGGGCAGGGGGCUUGAGGCGACGCCUUGUGUGUUUCACUGUGGACGAAAAAGUGCCCAUGUUCGGCCUGGAGGCCAUCUGGAGGAAUGGCCAAGUAGUAGGCCAUGUGCGCAGGGCUGACUUCGGCUUCACCAUAGACAAGACCAUCGCCUAUGGCUACAUCCGGGACCCCAGCGGGGGACCUGUCUCACUGGACUUCGUGAGGGGCGGAGAGUACGCUCUGGAAAGGAUGGGGGUAUCCUACCCUGCCCACGCCCACCUCAAGUCCCCCUUCGAUCCUGACAACAAGAGGGUAAAGGGCGAAUAUUGAGGUGCUGGAGAGAUGUGGGGAAUGGGCAGCAGCACCCAGCAGCUAGAGUCCAGAGACGCUCAAUAAACACCCUCAGAACCA